UGGAUGUAAAAUGGAGCACUUUGUAGGGACAAAAGGAGCUUCCUUUUGUUCUUUUGCAUGUGCUUUGUGUCCAUAGACGCGUUUCGACAUCUAUAAAUAGCCUCCAAUUCCAUGCAUUCCCAAAUCGUGAUUCAAGUUCAAUUUCCAAUGGCGAAGUUUAAAAUUGUUAACAUUGUUUUCUUUGUGUUAUUGGGUAUAGGAAUAUGUUCAGCCGCCAGAACCCUCCUCACUUACGAUCAUGUAGGUGUUGGGGGUGAGGUAGGCGCCUCUGGUGCAGGCCAUGGCAUUGGCGGUGGCGCUGGUGGAGGCUAUGCCGGUGGAGGUGGAGGAGGUUCAGGUGGAGGUUCUGGUGGAGGUGGUGGAUAUGGAGCAGCAGGUGACCACGGUUAUGCCGGUGGAGGUGGUAGCGGAAGCGGAGCUGGUGGUGGUUCUGGCUAUGCUGCUGGAGGAGAACAUGGCGCUGGAUAUGGCGGAGGAGGUGGUGGUGGAAGUGGAGGUGGAGGUGGCUAUGCUGGCGAAGGACAUGAUGCUGGGUAUGGCGGAGGAGGUGGCGGUGGAAGUGGAGCCGGAGGUGGCUAUGCUGGCGGAGGACACGAUGCUGGAUAUGGUGGAGGAGGUGGAGGUGGAAGUGGAGCCGGAGGCGGCCAUGCUGGCGGAGGACACGAUGCUGGAUAUGGCGGAGGAGGUGGCGGUGGAAGUGGAGCUGGAGGCGGCCAUGCUGGCGGAGGACACGAUGCUGGAUAUGGCGCUGGAGGUGGUGAAGGUGGUGGUAGCGGAUAUGGAGCUGGAGGGGCACCAGGUGGUGGAUAUGGUGGUGGUGGAGGUGGAGGUAGUGGUGGCGGCGGUGGAGCUGCUGCAGGUGGAGCACAUGGUGGUGGAUAUGCUGGAGGCGCAGGAGGAGGUACUGGCGGCGGCUAUGGUGCAGGUGGGGCACCAGGGGGUGGAUAUGGUGGUGGAGGUGGGCAUGGAGGUGGUGGUGGAAGUGGCUAUGCUGGAGGAGAAGGAGGAGGCGCUGCAGGUGGUGGAUAUGGUAGCGGAGGAGGAGCCGGUGGUGGUGCAGGAGGAGCACAUGGAGGAGCAUAUGGCGGUGGUGGAGGCGGCGGUAGUGGAGCCGGUGGUGGUGGCGGCUAUGCCAGCGGAGGUGAACAUGCUGGUGGAUAUGGAGGAGGUGCUGGAGGUGGUGAAGGUGGUGGACACGGUGGUGGCUAUGCCCCUUGAGUGGUCAUUCUAAUCUCCACUUGCAAUCUAAAGUUUCCAUUUUCUUACCUACGUACACUACUAAAAAAAUAAUGUGAUGAAAUUGUGGUAGAAAGAUGGUAUAUUGUGAAGGCAAGAGAAUUGCAUCAAAGACAUGCAAUCUCAAGUGUAAUAUCGUUUCCUUUAAAAGCAACAUUAAGAUAUGAUCGUUUGCAUUUUACGUA